UAAGAAAGAUUAUCUCCAAUCCCAAGUUGGAAACCCUGAAGGCGAAGAUAAACCUAAUAAGAAAUAUUAUGAUCCUCGUGUGUUCAUUCGUGAAGCUGAAAAGUCCAUGGCUAAACGUGUUAAAGAGGCAUGCCAUGAUUUAGGAAAUGUUGAUCGUUUAUAA